CGUCAACCCUUCUCCAUCCUGGAACCUUCACUGAGUUUAAAAUUCCUCAACAGCAACCUCUUCCCUAUUUUCAUCUUCUUCCUCACUAAGCAACUACACGAAUAAUUCUAACCAGGUCAAUCCCUCCAAAUAACUCCGAAACAAAUUAACCCUUUUAAUCAUCUCAUACAUCAUCAAUUCUGAAUUGAUUAUUAAUUAAUCUAUUCCCGUCGAUCUCAAUUUUCCCAUUUGGAAAUGGAGUUCUUCACCGGAGUUAAGGCCGUCAGACUCCGGAGCCACCUCGACAAGUACCUAGUCGCCGACGACAACAAAGAAACUGUCCGCCAGUCACGAAAUGGCUCGGCCCAAAAAGGGAGAUGGUUUGUCGAGUUAGUCGAGGACGAAACCCAUGUCAUCCGCCUCAAGAGUUGCCACGGCAAGUACCUGGCGGCGUCUGACCAAGAAUUUCUUCUGGGCAUAACGGGGAAGAAGAAAGUUUUACAGACGGUGCCGGAGAAGUUGGCGGACAGGAAUAUCCUUUGGGAGCCGAUUAGGGAUGGGUUUCAGGUGAAGUUCAAAUCGCCGUGCGGGAAGUAUCUGCUGGCGAAUGGGGGGACGCCACCGUGGAGAAAUUCUGUUACCCACGAUGACCCGCACAGCGGGUCGACGGUGAACUGGGUUCUGUGGGAUGUGGAGGUUGUCGAGGUGCCAGAGGCCGGGUCUGUCAUGGAGUACUUGUCGUCGGUGUCCAGUUUUUGUUCAGUACCGGAAGAGGUGAUGGAGGUGCUUAGUGACGAGAUUCCCGGGUCGGAUCCUCAGUCGCCGGUUUCGAUCGUUAGUUCGGUUAAGUCGCCGAGAUUUUCAGUUGUCUCCACCAGGUCUCCGAGAUUGUUACCAAAAGAGGCAAAUUCCCACGUUAUACGUUCCGGGAUGGACUUCUUCCACAACGCCAAGGCGGUGCGUCUCCGCAGCCAACAUGACAAAUACCUUCUCGCGGAGGACGACGAGGAAUCCGUUACCCAAGACCGGAACGGAUCAUCUCGGACCGCCCGAUGGUCUGUCGAGUUCGUGCCGGGAUACGAGUCUUUACUCCGCCUCAAGAGUUGCUACGGUAAGUACCUCACCGCCUCCAACCAGCAUUUCCUGCUUGGGAUGACUGGCCAAAAAGUGCUUCAGUCCCUGCCUCAGCGACUGGACUCGUCGGUCCAGUGGGAGCCGAUCAGAGAAGGUUUCAAAGUCAAGCUCAAGACCCGGUACGGUAAGUUUCUGAGGGCGAACGGCGGGUUGCCGCCGUGGAGGAAUUCAGUAACACACGAUAUCCCUUAUCGGACUGCCACACAGGAGUGGGUCUUGUGGGAUGUGGACGUAAUAGAGACUCAACCGCAGCCUACGCCGAACUCCCAUCAGCCAUCAGCAGCUCCUUCAAUUGAUAUUCAUUCAGAUUCAUUGGAUUUCGAUUCGAGUUCCUCACCUCUUUCAGCCAUGUCUGGACACUAUUCAAGACAAGGGUCAAGUGAGUCUUACACAUGUUCGCCUUCAAAAUCAGAGGGCAGGACAAUAUACUAUCACAUUGCAGAUGAGAGUGGAGAUGUGGAUGAUGAUUCAACCGAAGGUUUUAAAUUGAGUUUUAAGGGCAAUAGAGUUGAUGAAUUGACUCAGAAAUUAAGGAAAGACACAGGUCUUGAGGAGAUUGUGGUGUGCUCUCGGAGUCCACUGAAUGGAAAACUUUAUCCUCUUCGGUUGCAACUUCCUCCCAACAAUGCAGAUAUGCAUGUUGUUGUAGUUCCAUUGUCAUCCAUAGGUGAGACCUCCAGUUAGAUGGUUUUGGAAAACUUAAUGAUUUCUUCUGAAUUCUUAUGCAUUGAUAAAUGGUUUCUUCUGAAUUUCCAAUCUUUAUUUAAGUUUGAGAAUUUAGUUUUUGAACAUGAGUUUACUGCAUUGAUUUUCUUUUUCUUUUUUUUUUUCUUUUUGGUGAUUUAUCUUGUGCAUUCUUUUCUUUCAAUGUUUUAGUGGCAAAAGAUUUUGCAAAACAAGGGAAUACAUUGUGAGCUGCAUCAACAGCAUGCUACCUUUUGUUCACAACAUGAAUUCAAACAAUAUGCUAUUUACAUACCAAGUGAGGCCCCUUCAAAAAGCUAGCUUAAUGCAGUCCUGGUGUGUUCAUACAGCAAGAAGUAGAGAACAGUCUAAUGGAGAGAAGCAAUAAACAUAGAAUGUAUAUAACUACUGCAGAGCAUUGUCAUGGCAUUGCAGCCAACAAAGUAAUUCACCUGAACGGUUUUCUUCAUCUUAUAAUUACUUCAUUGAUUGGUUUUUUGGGGUAAAGAAUUCUGAGAACCAUUUUUUAGAAGAUAAUCCCUUCUCUCUCCCUAGUCUCUCUGCAACUAGUUUUGUUGCAGAUUUUCAUUGUAUGUUUCAUGAAUGAAAUCAUUCACUAUCUGAUACAGUUCAGGAUGAUGCAUUGAAAGAGAUAUGAUUGAUGGUUAACAUGAUCUAUAAUUUUUU